AUGUCUCCGUUCAAAUCCUUCCUAUGCGCACUGACCAGCACAGGUAGUAAACGUCGCCGUCGGCAGCCGAGAGAGAUAAGCUUUAUCAAACGGAGAGUUGAGGUGGUGGGUCGCAGUAACCAUGCCGUAAAGCUGAGAGUCUAUAGCUGGGAGCGAAAACAUGCCGCACAUGAUGUGGAGAUACUACUGGCGAAGGACCUGCUGGAAGCAGACCGUCAUUGGAUCGCACCAGGCAAGAAAGAGGAAGUGUACACUAUGAUGGGUAGAAUGAGCAGCAGUGCCAGGGAGAACUGUUCCGCAGCGCUGGUGGAGCUGCAGGUGGCUUUUGUGGAGAAGCAGCCCAAAGACGUUAAGGACCUCAUCCGGAUGGUCAAGAUGUGGAAGUGA